AUGCUCACGGACCGGGACGAGAUAACUGAUGUUUUAAAAAGGGAAAUGGUUCAAGGGGUUGGAGAUUCCCUGACUGACGAAAAUAAAGAAGCCGUAAAGGGCUUUAGGUCCCUGCUCAAAAAAUACCAGAACUUGGUGAUAGAAUAUCACAACCACAACAUGGAGUCGAAAAGAUAUAUUGAAAUGAUCUUGGACAAAAACAAUCGACUUAGAGAAAGUAAAAAAAACUUGGAAUAUGAAAACAUGAUACUGAAAGGAAAGAUUAAUAGUAUGUCAAGGAAGCUAGAAGCGCUGGGUUGUUUGGAUUGGGAUGCUAAAUGUUUGAAAUCACGUGGUGUCAGAAAUAACAAAAACGAAAAUAGUGGUAGUUUCCAGUCAUUUGCUCUGACUUGA